UCUCGUGUUAUAGUUACUUACAUGAGCAUCAACUUCACUAUAGCUAAGUUAAAUCUUCUCUUUCUUUCUCUCUCUCUUUGGUUCGUCAAUUAUAGAAAACGUUACUUCAAGAUGGCUAAGAAGAACGGAACGUCAUGGUUCACCACCGUGAAAAAGAUUCUCUGGUCACAGUCAAAAGACUCCGACAAGAAGACACACCACAAAGAAACUGAUUAUAAGAGAAAAGAAAAGAAAGGAUGGGUUUUUCGAAAGACCAAACUCGAAACCACAAACUCUUUAGUAAAAGAUUAUGUCCGUACGGUUCGUACGGUGGAGACAGAGGAGGAAGAGAAACCGACGGUGGCUGUCUCCGCCGUGGAUGAAGCUGCCUCCGAGAUCGUUAAGCUAACGGCAACUCCGGGUUUUAUUAGACGUCAUUGGGCUGCCAUUAUUAUUCAGACAGCUUUCCGAGGCUACCUCGCGAGGAGAGCAUUACGGGCAUUGAGAGGAAUAGUGAAGUUACAAGCAUUAGUGAGAGGUAACAAUGUAAGAAACCAAGCCAAACUCACUCUAAGAUGCAUCAAGGCUUUGGUUCGAGUUCAAGAUCAAGUUCUUAAUCAUCAUCAACAACAACGUUCAAGACUCUUAUCAUCAUCACCAUCGAGUAAUUAUAACAUAGAAGCAAGACGUAACUCGAUGUUCGCUGAAUCUAACGGUUUUUGGGACACUAAAACAUAUCUUCAAGACAUCCGUAGCCGUAGAUCUUUGUCGAGAGACAUGAAUAGGUGCAAUGAUGAAUUUAACUCGGAAGAAACAGAAUUGAUUUUGCAGAAGAAAUUAGAGAUUGCUAUUAAACGAGAGAAAGCUCAAGCACUUGCUCUCUCUAAUCAGAUUCGGAGUCGGUCUUACCGGAAUCAAUCAGCCGGCGACGAUAGGGAGCUUCUAGAGAGAACACAAUGGCUUGAUCGGUGGAUGGCAACGAAGCAAUGGGACGAUACAAUCACCAAUUCACCAACUCUUGAGACUGUAACCACUCAUCAUCAUCAAAGAUCAUAUCCAGCGACUCCACCGUCGUGCAGAACUUCAAGAUCCUUUGCAGUGAGAUCAGCUAGUCCAAGAAUACCAUGUUCGCCUUCCUCGAUGCAGCCGAAUUACAUGUCGGCUACAGAGUCGGCGAAGGCUAAGGCAAGGACUCAGAGCACGCCACGGAGGAGACCAGUUGGGACAGCGAAGAAGCGGCUGUGUUAUGCGGAGGAAGAGAGUUUGAGGAGUCCAAGCUUUAAGAGUGCUUAUAAUGGUUGUCUCUGGGGUGAUCAUGAAUCGGAUUACUCUUGUUGUUACGGUGAUGGUUUCGCCGGAAAAAUCUCGCCUUGUUCUACUACUGAGCUCCGGUGGUUAAAGUGAGAGACUUUUUUGUUUUUGUAAUAUUCACAAUCAUGCGAUUUGUUUAGUUUCUUGACUCCUUGUGUCAGAAGGUUAAUUAGAUAACAAAGCUACAAAUUCUGA